CUUCAAACCAUAACUAACUUCCUCUUAGUUUCCUCUUCUCUUCUUCUCUUUUUUCCCCUCAAUCCAUUUUCAUCACACUAAAGAUUCAAAUCACAAAAAUCUCACUUUCUGCUGUUGGAAACUAGUACCCUUUUUUAUGCUUAUAAACUCCAUCCAAGUUUUCAACUUUUCUUGAUGAAUAAUAAUCAGUGUAAUCCUUGCUUACCACCUUUGGUUAAUCAUUCUGGGAAUGAUGAACUCUUUGCUGGACGAUGCAUCCUUGUAAAUGGCCCUGUAAUCGUAGGCGCCGGGCCGUCAGGUUUAGCUGUGGCAGCAGGGCUUAAACAACAAGGAGUUCCAUUCAUAAUGCUUGAAAGAGCCAAAUGCAUUGCUUCUCUGUGGCAAAACAGGACAUAUGAUCGCCUUAAACUCCAUCUUCCCAAGCAAUUCUGUGAACUCCCUUAUUUCCCUUUCCCUAAAGAGUUCCCUGCUUACCCUACAAAAUAUCAGUUCAUUGACUACCUAGAAUCUUAUGCUGAACACUUUGAGAUCAAGCCGAGGUUUAAUGAGUCAGUGCAGUCAGCCAAGUAUGAUGAAACCUGCGGUUUGUGGAGGAUCAAGACUGUCGUAAAAGGCGAUAAUUCGGUGAUUGAAUACAUCUGUAAAUGGCUGGUUGCAGCAACAGGGGAAAAUGCAGAGAAAGUGGUUCCUGUUUUUGAAGGAUUGCAGGAUUUUGGAGGCGAUGUUAUGCAUGCUUGUGAUUAUAAAUCAGGGGAAGAGUUUGAUGGUAAAAGGGUUCUUGUCGUUGGUUGUGGAAAUUCAGGAAUGGAGGUUUCACUUGAUCUUUGCCACCAUAAUGCAAGUCCAUCAAUGGUGGUUCGAAGUUCGGUUCAUGUCUUGCCAAGGGAAAUUCUGGGAAAAUCGACAUUCGAAUUAGGCGUAGCAAUGAUGAAGUGGCUACCCAUUUGGCUAGUAGACAAGAUUCUGGUCUCUAUAGCAAGAUUAAUACUUGGAAACCUAGAAAAGUAUGGUAUCAAAAGGCCAUCUUUAGGCCCUUUCCAGCUCAAAAACAUUACAGGAAAAACCCCUGUUCUUGAUAUUGGGACACUACAGAAGAUCAGAUCUGGCCAGAUAAAGGUUGUUCCAGGGAUCAAGAAGUUUUUCAGAGGUGGGGUUGAGCUGGUGAAUGGGAAAAUUCUUGAGAUUGAUUCUGUUAUUUUGGCUACUGGAUAUUGCAGCAAUGUCCCAUCAUGGCUUAAGGAGAGCGAUUUCUUUACCGGAGACGGAUUUCCAAAAUCGCCAUUUCCGAAUGGAUGGAAAGGAAAAGCAGGGCUAUAUGCAGUUGGAUUCACAAGGAGGGGUCUCUCAGGUGCAUCAUUUGAUGCCAUUAGAGUGGCACAAGAUAUUGGUCAAAUCUGGAAACAAGAUUUAUUAAAACAGAAGAAAAACCAAGGUGUUUCCUUCUCUUGCUGCCAUGGAAGAUCAUCAUGCAAGUCACAUUUUUAAGUAAAAUCCAUCUUCAACAAAGGAAGUGUUUACAUAUCAUUUUCUUUUCUUUUCUCCGUGCUCUUACUUUGCAAAGUGAUAGAGAAAAAGGACCAAAAAAAAAAAAGCAUAGUUUUUUUUUUCUUUUUUCUAUGUAGAUUAUUACAUAUUGUGACUUAGCAAAAAAGGAAAGAAAAAGAGAUACCCAGAGAGCAGCCCUCUCCCAAAAAAAAAAAAAAAAAGAGAAAGGAAAAGAAAAAAAAAAUCCCAACUUGAUUGGGAGUUUUUGUACAAAAGUGGAAGAUGAGGCUUUUUUCCUGACCAUUUAGGGUUUUUUUUUCCCUUCUUUUUGUUUAGUAGUAUUAAAGUUCAAUAAUCUACAUGUAAUGUAACUCUCUGAUGUAAAUGUUCACGCAGAAAAAAAAAACGUUGUACAAGGUGCAUUGGACUGUGUACCUUGCAGAAAUGGUAGUGUAUUGCAUUUACCUAUCAAAUCUAAAUUUAUCGUAAUCGAACCAGAAAAUUAGUUUGAGC